CACACACAAGCACACAUGAUCAGUGACUCGGUGCGAACAUGGGGCGGAAGGGACAUGCUUCUCAAAGACCGGGGAGACGGUUAGAUGAAUCAUGAGACUUGCUCAAUUAUCUUUUGGUGGGGGGGGGAAGCUAUCGUAUACAAGGUUGUGGGGGGGUAAAAGGGGGGAGAAUGGGAUAUGGAGAUGUUUGGCCGCGGUGCGUGUCUCCCCCCCCCAAAAGAAAUGAAUUAUAUACAACCGCCGGGGGAUAUGUUGAAUGCAAGCUUGCCCCCCUCCCCUCCUUCACCUCCUCCUUCUCCUCCUCCUCCUCCUAUCCCCUCGAUGCAGGCUUCUCUGCUGCUCGAAGCGAUGCCACGGCCUCGCCCCAUCGCCGCGCGGGACGCAGGACGGACGAUGGGGGACGUAGGGCGGCGGCCGCGACGUCGUAGGAGGAGGAAUCCGUACUGGUGGUACUCGGGGUUUUGUUGGCCUGCCUGCCCACCUCUUUCCUUCUCCUUUCCUCUUCCCUCCUCCUUCUCCUAUGUACCAAGGUCCGGACCACCUCUCCGUUCGUUAUUAAGAAAACCCCCUCACAAUUUACCUCCUAAAUGUCUGCGUCGUCCCCCCUGUUCCACAUACAUACACACGCGCGCGCGCGAGCACACACGCACGCAAGAAUCGAAAAGAAAAGAAAUCUAGGGUAUUUCGUAUGCCGCUUGCUGGGCCACUUUGACCAAGUGGAUGGUCCACGACGUUCGUCAUAUCCUCCCCACGAAUGCAAUGGUGCUUCUGCCAUUUCCCUUGACGGCUCCCCCCCCCUUCUCAUUCUCCAACAA